UGAGUUGCCCCAGGGGCAGAAACGAAAGUGAUCUCUGCUCCGGCCAUUGCCUGUGCGGCAGGCUGAGCCCCUGCGGCGGGAGGGCCUGGCAGGGCAGGGGAGGACAGCUGUGCCCUGCAGGUCUGGGGCUGGGGACCCACAUGUGCCCAUGCACAGCUGGCUGCUGAGUGCCCUGCAGGGACCCCCGGCAUCCCUGUGGCCUCAGCCCCACAGCAGUGCAGCCCAAGCUCCUCUUGAAACUCCUGCUGGCUCCAGGGGCCUGGACUCUGAAGUUUCCACUUGGGGUGCAGAUGUUUCCCCAAGGCCUGUGGUCCCAGUGGACCAGCUGAGCCCAGGAGUCUUGGACGCCACACUGAAGAACCUGGCCAGUAUCAGAAAUGGCCUCCUCGGGGUGUGGCCCAUCGUCCACCAGCCCCUUGGCCCCCAGGGAGCCUCUGGCCAGGCUCUGCGCCCAAGUGGAUCUCUGUCUGGGCUGCUCCCGCUGUGCCCAGCGCCUCAAUGACAGCACCUACGUCCUGUGCCAGGUGGAGCACAGCUGCUCCCACGAGGUCCUUCUGGCUCGCCUUAAGGGAGCUGCCAAGAAGAAGACCUGGCGCGAGGUGGGCCACCGGCCCUGCUUCCCGCGGCCUUGGCGGUACAGAGUGUGUCGCUACUAUCGCCCGGGGCUGGGCUGCCAGCACCACAGGAACAGGUGCACCUUUGCCCGCAGCCCUGAGGAGGCGCUGGUCUGGACCUUCGAGCUGAAGCACAGCCUCUCCCGCCUGUGGCUGAAGGCUGCGGUGCAGGGCGAUGGGGUCCAGGGCGGGCCGUGCAGGGCUGCUGACGCCAUCCUGGCAGAGUUUGGUGGCCACUUCCAGCUGCUCUGUGCCCACUGCUUCAGGGCCCGGCCCCAGCAUCUCUGCCCUGUGGACCCCCAGGGGCAGUGCCCCAAGCACAGAACCUGCCCUGCACUCCUGGUGCACGUCAGUACCAAGGGCCGUAAGCGCCAGUUCACCGAGGUGCGGCCCAAGCCCCAGAAUGGCCAGCCGCUGCACUACUGCAUGUUUGUGGAGCAGGGACAGCCGUGCCGCCACGGGGCAGCCCGCUGCCAGUUUGCACACAGUGCUGUAGAGAUGGCCGUGUGGGAGGCCGAGCAGCUGGGUGGGCUUGAGCGGGAGGCCCUGCGCACAUUCCCUGCCCUCGGCAGAGACAAGUGCAUGGGCCCCCAUGGCCAGUGCCCCAGGGGCAGCCAGCCCCCCGAGGUAGAGCUGUACUGCUACACCUGCCUGGUAACCUACCGCUCUCAAGAGGCCUUCGAGAACCACUGCGCCUCCCUGGAGCACUCGCAGAUGGUGGCCUUCGACCAGGCUGUACCCUGGGAGCACCGCGUCCCCCCCAUGGGGCUCUCCAAGUUUGAGCUCUGCGCAAGGCCUGACCUCUGUGAGUAUGGGGCCACCUGCACCAAGGCUCACUCAGAACAGGAGCUGCAGGAGUGGAUCCGGCGGGCGCAGGCCACAGAGCUGCGGGAGCAGGCAGCCUGGCAGGACGGGCUGGUGUCAUACCAGGCACGGCUGCUGGUGGAGUACCGGUGCAGCAGCAGUGAGGUCCCAGUGAUGGCGGAGACCAUCUGUGGCGUGUCUGUCACCUGCCGCCAGCCCCUAGUCCAUCGGGCCCAGGAGAAGAAGACCCAGCACAGCUGGGUGUUCUCUGUCUACUCUGAGGACCCUCUGCUGCAUGUGGCCUUGCUUAAGCAGGAGCCUGGAGCAGACUUCUUCCUGGUGGCACCCUGCCUCCCCAAGGGCCGGCUCUAUGCAAGUGGGGAGCACUUUCGGGUGCCCAGCUCCCGAGCGGAGUUUCAGGUGGGAGUGCGGGUCCAGACUGCCUCCUUUGGCACCUUCGAGCAAUGGGUGGUCUUUGACUUUGGCCGUCGGCCAGUGCUGCUUCGGAAGCUGUGGCUGCAGCUGGGCCAGGCUCUCUGCUCGGAGCUCACCAGGAGGCCAGCACCUGGCUGGCCUGAGGAGGUGGACCUGUGGCACACUGGCAACCGCCACAUGGUGCCUUGUGUGGAGCGGACAGCCGAGCAGGCAGCCCUGAUGACCAAGUACAAGGUGCCCAGCCUGGCCCUGAAGGUCGGUCACGGCAGCCUGGCCUCGGAACCCAUCUCUCGAGCCAACUACCGGCAGAGCAUGCACCACUUCCUCUAUGAGGAGGAGGCUGCUCGGCGGCAGCUGGUGGCCAAGCUGACCCUGCGGGGCCGGGUGUCCCUGAAGACUUCACUGCAGACAGCGGCACUCGGCAUGCUCUUUGCGCCCCCAGGAGCCCUCUAUGCUGAGGUCCUGGUCCCUUCUUCUCUGACACCAGACACGGACCAGGGCUUCCUGCUGAGCCGGGAGGUCAGCACAGCCCUCGUGGCCCCUGUGCCUGCGCCUGACAGCACUGUGUUCGAGGUGCGACUUGAGAAGCGAGCCAGCUCGGAGCAGACAUUGUGGCUGCUGCUGCCCACACACUGCUGUGUGGCCCUGGGGCUGCGGGCUGAGGGGAGCCCCAUCUUGGAAGUGCAGUUCCAGAUUGACCCGCUCAACUUCUGGUUCUGGCAUCAGGCAGUAGAUGCAUUGCCUGAGGAGCACCUGGUGGUGCCCAACCUGCCCACCUGUGCCCUGCCCUGUCCUCGCCCGAUCCCACCCUUGCUUCGUGGCAACCGCAAGCAGAAACUGGCUGUGGGGCUCAUUGCAGGCAGCAGUGCCGGGAGCGCAAAGCCUGUGCCUCCAUUGCUCAUCUAUGGCCCCUUUGGCACCGGCAAGACCUACACCCUGGCCAUGGCCACCCUGGAGGUUGUUCAGCAGCCCCACACCAAGGUGCUCAUCUGCACGCACACCAACAGUGCCGCCGACAUCUACAUCAGGGAGUAUUUCCAUGGCCAUGUUGCCAGGGGCCACGUUGAGGCAGCUCCUCUCCGGGUGAUGUACACUGACAGGCCGCCAAACCAGACCGACCCAACCACACUGCAGUACUGCUGCCUGACAGAGGACGCCCGGGCCUUCCGCCUGCCCACGAAGGCAGAGCUGGCGGAGCACCGCGUGGUCGUCACCACUACCUCACAGGCCCGUGAGCUCCGCGUGCCUGCUGGCUUCUUCUCCCACAUCCUCAUCGACGAGGCCGCCCAGAUGCUGGAGUGUGAGGCCCUCACUCCGCUGGCCUACGCCUCACCACGCACCCACGUGGUGCUGGCCGGGGACCACCUGCAGGUCACACCCAGGCUCUUCAGUGUGCCCAGGGCCAAGGCUGCUGGGCACACCCUGCUGUACCGCCUUUUCCUGCACUAUCAGCAGGAGGCCCACGAGAUCGCUCGGCAGAGCCGCAUUAUCUUUCAUGAGAACUACCGCUCCACCACCGCCAUCAUUGGCUUCAUCUCGCGCCACUUCUAUGUGGCCAAGGGCAACCCCAUCCAGGCCAGUGGCAAGGUCCCAGCCCACCCCCGACAGUACCCACUCAUGUUCUGCCAUGUGGCAGGCACCCCGGAGCAGGACAUGUCCAUGAUGUCCUGGCUGAACCCGGCGGAGGUCACACAGGUGGUGGAGAAGGUGCAGGAGGUCUACAACACCUGGCCCCACUGCUGGGGGGUCCGGGAGCAGAGAAGCAUCUGUGCCAUUUCCCACGGUGCUCAGGUCAGCGCACUGAGGCAGGAGCUGAGGAGGAGGAACCUGGGAGAGGUGUCUGUGGGCAGCUUUGAGACCCUGCCAGGGCGGGAGUUCCGGGUGGUGGUGCUGAGCACUGUCCACAACUGCCACAGCCUGCUCAGCCGGGGGGCGCCCACCUUGGAGUUCUUCACCGAUGCUCGUGUGCUGAACACAGUCAUGACCCGUGCCCAGUCCCAGGUGGUGGCUGUAGGCGACGCCAUGGCCCUCUGCUCCUUCGGGGCCUGCAGCAAGCUCUGGAAGAGCUUCAUCCAAGAAUGCACGGAGCACCGUAGCAUCUUCCCGGAGGGGCUGUCGCUGGGGCAGAUUGAGCAGGGUGUGGCCCAGAGGCAGCACUGGGCCCCUGUGGCCCUCAGAGCAGAGAGAACAUGGGCAUCAGUAGUGAGGGACACUGGCUGGACGGGGCAGCCAGGGGCCCUGGACAGGGCAGCCAGGGGCCCUGCCACAGAGCACACAGCUAUAGCAAAGGUCCCACCAGGGCCUGUGACGAUGAAGAGUGAGGCCACAGGGACAGGAGACACAGCUGUUGGGGAUCCAGCAUCAAGAGGACCAGCCACGACACAGAUAAAGGCUGAAUCAGGAGGGGACACAGCAAAGGGAGACCCGGCAGGAAGACCAGCCACCCUGGAGGGCAGAGGGUCUGAGGGCCCUGAGGACUCAGAGUCAGACUUCUGGGCCUCUGACUGUGAGCUCAACGCUGACGACACCAUCCUGCAGGAGCUCCUGGAUGAGACCCGGCAGGUGACGGUGACUGUUGGGGAGGACGGACUCCUGGACACCCUGGCCAGGCCUGCCUCCUCACGGCUGCCCUGGCAGUACAAAAACCUGCCCUUGGGCACACUGCGGAACCUCAUGCGCUCAGAGCCUGGGCUCUAUCGCCGCUGCACCUUCCUGAAAGAGACCUUCGAGCGGGCAUCAGCCAUCCCCCUGGAUGAGGCGGUCUCCAGCCCCAUCCAGGUCAGGGGUCGCCUGAACUGCGGGAUGGCCUUCACGGGGGACAAGGUGCUGGUGCAGGUCCUGGGCCAGUCGGCUGGUGACGAGGCUGCCCCAGAGAGGCUACAGGGCCGCGUGGUGGGUGUGCUGAAGAGGAAGAAAUGUGAGCUGGCAUUUGUGUGCCGGAUGGACAAAUGGGAUCCCCGAAUCAUGAUCCCCAUCAACAGCUCUGUGACCAAGAUCUUCGUAGCUGAUCUGAAGGACCCGCUUCGGGUUCCCAUCCACCGCCUCCUUCAGGGCCGAGUGCAGUGUGUGGGACACAAGAGUCUCACUGCCGAGGGCAGGCACACACAGCUCUUCUGGGUCCGCAUCAUCCUGUGGCGGGAGCGUUUCUAUUACCCCCUGGGCAUCAUCCUGGAGGUGCUUCCUGAGGCCACCAGCUGGGAACAGGGCCUCCACAUCCUUGGCCUGGAGCACGGCUUGCAAACCUCCGUGCCGGACUCAGCCUCUGUCUCCAAGGCACUGCAGAAAUACCGUGUGGAUCUUGGCACAGCUGCUGGCCACAGAGAGGACUGCCGCAGCUUCCUGACAUUCACUGUGGACCCACAGGGCGCUUGCAACCUGGACGAUGCCCUCAGUGUCCGGGACCUGGGUCCCAGGUACGAGGUGGCUGUGCACAUUGCUGACGUGGCCAGUGUUGUGCCCAGGGACGGGGUGCUGGACGUGGAGGCCCGCCGGCAGGGUGCUGUGUUCUAUGCCCCCGACAGGGAGCCAGUGUCCAUGCUGCCGGCCAGCCUGUGCCGAGAUGUGCUCAGCCUCCUGCCGGGCAAGGACCGCCUCGCCAUCUCCCUCUUCCUAACCCUGGACAAGGACAGCAGCCAGCUCAGGGGCCUGCGCUUUGCACCCUCAGUUGUCUGCUCUGACAGGCAGCUGUCCUACGAGGAGGCCGAGGUGCUGAUCAGGGAGCACCAGGGUGCUGGCAUGGAGCUGCCGGCGUGCCUGGACUCAGUGGAGGCCUGUGUGGUGGCUGCCUGCUACUUCUCCCGGGUGCUGCGCCGGCGUCGGCUGCAAGCUGCCUGCCACUAUGAGGCCCCAGAUGAGGAGAGCACCCUGGGCUUCCGUGCAGCCCACAUCAUGGUCCAAGAGUACAUGAUUCAGUUUAACAGCCUGGUGGCUGAAUUCCUGGUGGGCAACAAGCACACACAGGCGGUCACGCCCCUGAGAUGCCAGCCCACACCCCUGAUGGCCCAGCUUCAAGCCGUGUGUGAGAAGCACAGAGAACUGGUGCCCCUGUCACUGCACCUCCGCCACCACUUGCAAGGCCAUAGCAGCCCCAAAACACAGCUGCACCUCCUGUCUUCCCUCUGGAAGCAGGUCCAGCUUGCUGCCCACAGCCAGGAUUAUGGCCAGAUGGUGGAUCUCAUUACCACUGACGACAUGCACCCCUCCCUGGCUCCCGUGGGCCUGGACCUCCGCAAGGCCCUGGGCCGCUCUGGUUUUGGCCGCUCCAGCCAGGGUGGACAGCAGCUCAUUGGCCACUACUCGUUGCAGGUGGGCUGCUACACAUGGGCCACAUCGCCCAUCCGCAGAUACCUCGAUGUGGUGUUGCAGCGGCUGAUCCUACUAGCUCUGGGCCGAGGGGGCUGCGUGUACUCCUCCAGAGACAUCGAUGGGCUCUGCCAAGACUUCGCCCGCCAGCAUGCAUCCGCCCAGAGCUACCAGCGACAGGCCUACAGCCUGCGCCUGGCCACUCAGCUCAAGGCUCAGCCUCGAGACAAGCUGGGCGUGGUAGUAGAUGUGGAGCCAGGCACCCACUGCUUCAAGUUACUCUUCCCGGCCAACCGAGAGAGCCUGCCCGACCUGUGCCCUGUCCAUUAUCACUCCCUGCAGCUGGCUGAGCACCCCCACGACCUCAAGGACCGGCGGGGCCUACGCCUUGUGUGGCGGCGCCGCACCUACUCUGUGCAGGAGUCCAAGCUGCCCUCUCCACUGCCUGGCACCCUGUUUGACCCACACGUCUGGACCAUCAACACAACCCUGUGGAAGCAGCUGCUGGUGCUGGUGGAGCAGGACCGCUGGCUGGAGGCAGCCACCCUCAUCCAGGAGCAAAGAGGGAGGGAAUGUCAAAAGCGGAAGGUGGUGCAGGUGAACCGGAGCCCCUGUGGCCACUUCCUGGAGGUGACCCGGGAGCUGGGCAGCGGCGACACUCUGCAGGUCCAGUUCAGUACCAGCAUGCAGCGAGGCUUCCUGGUGCCUGCCCUGCAGCUGUGGACUGUGGCACCUGGCCUCAGUCUCUGCCUGGAGCAUGCAGAGCAUCCAGUCAGCUGCUUCUCAGGCCAUGCACACCAAGCCCCACAGCACCAGUACUGUGACGAGGAUCAGUACUCGCUCAUAUGGGGGCCGCUCUGUGCCCAGGAGUCGGUCACUGGUGCUGUUGCUGAGAACAAUUCCAUUGUGCUGCAGCACGUGUGCAUUUCCUGGGAUGCAGAGCGGACACAGCAGAGGCAGCUGCAGGGCACCUUCCACCUGGACCCUGCCUUCCUUCAGGAGAACUGCACUGAUGUUGACUUCAGCUGCUGCUACCUCUGCAUCCGGCUUGAGGGCCUCCCAGUGCCCCCAGCCAGCCCACCCCCUGGGCCCAGCAGCCUUGGCCCCUUCCUGAGCAUCGAUCCUGACACGUAUGCCUGGGUGGCCCACGGGCUGACGGACAGCUGUGACCAGGAAGACCCGGCCGACCGGCAAGAGGCCCCCAGGAGGGUGCACUUCUUCAUCCACCACAUGGCCAUGGAGAAAGUUCCGGAAAGUGCGCUGAGGCCCGGCACCCUAUUCACGGUGGAGGUGUUGCUCAAGAAGCUUCCUGACCUCUGCAAGGAGCAAGCCGUGCGCAGGCUGAAGCAGGCAUCUCCACUGGUCCUCAGCAUUGCCCUUGGCCGACCCCUGCUGCAGCCUGACGGCCCCAUUCACCAGCGGCCCUUCCACAGGGGGACUGCUGCCAGGCUCCUGAAGCAACAGGCCUACGACAUCCCUGGGGGCUGCCCCAAGCUGAACGCCAGCCAGAACAGGGCCAUCAGGCAGGCUCUGGAGAAGCCAUUUACUGUCAUUCAGGGCCCACCAGGCACAGGGAAGACAUUUGUGGGCCUCCACAUCGUCUUCUGGUUCCACAAAUCAAAUCAGGAGCAAGUACCAAGGAGGAGAAGCUCUGACGGAGAGGAGCCACUGCAGGGCCCGUGCAUCCUGUACUGUGGCCCCUCCAACAAGUCCGUGGAUGUCCUGGCAGGAAUGCUCCUGGGCUGGCGGGCGGAGCUGAGGCCCUUGCGGGUGUACAGCGAGCAGUUCGAGGCCACUGAGUUUCCAGCACCGGCUGUGGGCAGCAGGGGGCUAUACAACAAGGCUCCCCGGGAGGAGAGGCCGAGCCAGACCCUCAGGAGCAUCUCCCUGCACCACCGUGUCCGGCGGGACCCCAACCCACAUGCACCAAAGGUCAGGGAGUUUGACGCCCGGGUGAGCAGAGGGGAAGUCUUCUCCAAGGAGGACCUCAUUUCGUACAGGAGGGUCAUGCGAGCGGCGCAGAAGUUCGAACUGGCCCGGCACUCUGUCAUCCUGUGCACAUGCUGCUGUGCGGCUUCACACUGCCUCCGAACCCUUAACGUCCGGCAGAUCCUCAUUGAUGAGGCGGCCAUGGCCACGGAGCCCGAGACCCUCAUUCCUCUAGUGCACUUCUCGGAGGCCGAGAAGGUGGUCCUUCUUGGGGACCACAAGCAGCUGCGCCCUGUGGUCAAGAAUGAGCAGCUGCAAAACCUGGGGAUGGAUAAGUCCCUCUUCGAGCGCUAUCACAGGGAUGCCUACAUGCUGGACACCCAGUACCGGAUGCACGAGGUCAUCUGCGCCUUCCCCUCUGCGGAAUUCUACGGUGGGAAGCUGAGGACCUGUCAGGGCCUGAGGCGGCCGCCCAGCAUCCUGGGCCAUGCGCACAAGGAGAGCUGCCCUGUCAUCUUUGGCCAUGUGCAGGGCCAUGAACAGAGGCUGCUGGUGACCACAGAGGAAGGGAAUGAGAAUUCCAGGGCCAACCUGGAGGAGGUGGCAGAGGUGAUCCGCAUCACCAAGCAACUGACACUGGACCGGACAGUGGAGCCCAAAGACAUUGCCAUCCUCACCCCCUAUAAUGCACAGGCUGCGGCCAUCAACAAGGGCCUCAUGCGGGAGGGUGUCACCGGAGUGACCGUGUCCUCCAUCACCAAGAGCCAGGGAAGCGAGUGGCGCUAUGUGCUGGUGAGCACUGUCCGCACGUGCCCCCGGAGCGAUGUGGACUGCCGGCCAACGAAGGGCUGGCUCAGGAAGUUCCUGGGCUUUGUUGUGGACCCCAACCAAGUGAACGUGGCCAUCACCCGGGCCCAGGAGGGGCUCUGCCUGAUUGGAGACCACAUCCUGCUGAGCUGCUGCCCCCUGUGGCGCCGCCUGCUGGAUUUCUGCAGAGCCCAGCAAAGCUUCGUGCCUGCCAGCAAGGUGCGGGUCCGGAGGAGGCCAGCUGUGUCACUGUGAAGGUCCCCACCGCCCAGCUCUGCAGCGCCAGGGGUGUGGGCCUGUGGCAGCAGCAGACAGGACAACGGGAAGCAAGCCCUGUGUGAUCUUCCUGUUUGUGCCUGAACUUGGGAGGAGGGAGAAAGGGGCCGGGCCUGUUUACUCUCUGCUUUGCUGAUUUUCCCAGGACAGCCCCCAAAACCUGGACUUCAGGCAGAUCCUUUCUCUGCCCUCACUGCCUUGUCCUUCAGAGGCUGCCAGGCCAGGGAGGGCAGAGCUGAGCCAGAUGCCUGCCCCAGUCUGGCCCAGCCUCCUCCUGGGAGGUGAAGAGCUGUCAGUCCACUUGCAUGCCGGGCGUGAGGUGCCCCAGCCCCACCAGGCUGUGUGCCUGCCCCGAGCUAUGUGUGCCUUCCACCCAGGGUCCUUGGACCAACACAGUCACUGACCACCAUGGGGACAAAGGACAGGCAGAAAUGGGCCCUUAGCUGCUGCUCCUUAUAAACAUGAUUAGUGUUUUCUUUGGAGAUAGUCAGGGACUUAAAAGCAGUUGUCAUCUACUAGCAUGGGUCCUGGCUUUAGUGAUAAUGGACAUGAAAACUAAAGCAGAAAUUGUAGGAAAGGCUAUAAUUAAGAGAAAAUAAGGAGGAGUGCAGUUCUGAUAAAGAUCAAGCCAAUGCCUUAGAAAGCAAAGAGCAAGUAGGGAAAGGACCCCAGCUCCAGGCUGAGGGUCUCAGACUGGCCACUCCAGCCAGCUCUGCAGCACUCACUGGGCUGGGUUGGGGUCCAGGAGGUCACUCUCAACUCUGGUGUCUGGCUCUGGAGGAAUCCUCCUGGCUUGAGGGACUUGAGGGCUGAUUACAUCCCCAGGAAAUGAUUAUCUCUGUGGUGGUUUUGGUCAUUUGAGGCUCUGUUCUUCCUGGUACCAAGGUCACCUUGUUCAAGAUGACGGCUGGAGAUUGUAGUCAUCGCUCCAAGGGGAAAGGGUCUGGAACUGGAUAGGAUACAGGCUGGUAACUGGAUGUCCUUCUGGAUCUUGAAAAUUACUUUAGUUACUUGGUGCCCUUCCUUGGAGGGGACUAAGAUAGGCUAGGCAAAUUUAAGGCUAAUCAACUUUGUCAACUUAAAAAAAAAAUGGUUGCUGGUUGCGGUGGUGCUGUAAUCCCAGCACUUGGGAGGCUGAGGAAGGAGGGUUGCCAUGAGUUCGAAGACAGCCUGGACUCCAUAGUGAGUUCACCGCCAGCCUGAACUGCAUACAGAGACCUUGUCUUCAAACAAACAAACAAAAAAAG